AUGCAUAAUAAUAAUAAGGCUUGGUUUAUGAAUGAUCGAUAUCUAAAGAGCUUUUGGGACUAUCAUCAAGCAACACUACAAUGGUUUAGAGCACAUCAAGCAGCUCGUGAAUCCUUGAUGACUAAUUCAUCCAAUACAGUUUCGAAUUCUGUCGAUAUAAAAUCGAAGGGCGGUAAAAGGCGUUUUGUCAAAAGUAAUCGUUUAUCAAGUACAGCACGAACCAGCAGCAAUGAUUCUUCAUCAGAUGUUAGACAGCAAUCAUCUUCAGCAGAUGUAGAUGGAGAUAUUGUCAUGAGUAGCGAAAUGGCUGAUUUUUUCCGACAAACAAUUGAACAUAGGAAACAGAGAGAUGCUGAUCGAAAUAAAGAAGCCAAGAAAAAUAAAGACGGUCAUUUGGAAUAUUGUGGAGAAGAUGAUUAUGUAAUGGCUGAUAAGAUUGGAGUUUAUAACAACGAAAAACGAACGUUUCAACUGCCUAAUAACCCUGCUGAACGACAGAUGAAAUUCAAUGAAAUGAAAAAGUUGUACGGCAGUGAUGCUGAAAAAAUUUUGGCAAUGGAAGCACAUUUGGAUCUUCGAUUCGAUCAGAAUUAUUUGCAACCGGGUGCACACUUAUGGCCCAAUAUACCAUUAAAAUUAUAA